AUGGCCUUCGACCCGUCCGAGUUCAACUCGACAAACUACAUCGCCGCCGCCGCCGCCGCCGCCGACGCCAACGCCCCGCCCACCACCACAGCAGCACUGGACCCAAUCUUCCGCGUCGAGCUCGUGCAGCUGCAGGCGCAGGUCGGCGCCGACUUUGUGGCGGUCCAGGUCGCGAACAAUGUCAUCAUCCUGGCGCUGACGAGCGGGCGACUGCUGAGGAUCGAUUUGGCGAGUCCGGAGAACGUCGACGAUAUCGACCUCCCGCGCAAACCCUCCGAAGUCGGCACGAUCCGCAAGAUCUUCCUCGACCCCACCGCCUCCCACCUAUUCAUCACCACCACGCACGGCGAGAACUUCUACCUGCACUCGCGCUCGUCCAAGGCGCGGCACCUGGGCCGCCUCAAGUCGCUGCACAUCGAGUGCGUCGCCUGGUCGCCGGCGCUGCCGACCACGAGCACGCGCGAGAUCCUGCUCGGCACGCAGGACGGCAGCGUCUACGAGACGUUCAUCGACGGGCUCGACGACGGCGGCGGCGCGGCGUUUAUGAGGAAGGACGAGAAGUACCUUAAGCAGGUGUACAAGAUGGCUGAUAAUAGCGGCGUCACGGGCCUCUGGGUCGAUGCCCUGCCGGGGAAGAGUGAGCUGAGGAGGGUGCUGGUGGCGACGGCGGGGGCCGUCAUGCAUUGGGUGGGAAGGGUGCAGAGGCAUUCGGAUGUGGGGUCGAUUUUUGCGAGGUUCUUUGAGGCGGAGGGACCAAUGAUCCAGGACUUCCACGACACCUCCACGCCCUUCAGCGCGCUCUGCACCUCCCCCGACAGCGCCGACCCGCACGACCCCGACCGCUCCUUCGCCUGGCUCUGCUCGCCCGGCAUCUACCACGGGCGCCUCCUCACCUCCCCGCCCAACCCCGACCUCGGCGCCCACGUGCUCUCAACCUCCAAGCUCUUCCCCUCCACCGCGCUCUCCUCGCAGCCCAACUCCAUCGCGCUCACGCACCACCACGUGCUCGCCUUCAGCGGCACCACCCUCUACGCCAUCAACCGCCUCGACGACAGCAUCGUCUUCUCGCAGAGCAUCGUCGACCCGGGCACGCGCAUCCUCGGCAUCUGCGCGGACCUCAAGAAGUGUACGUAUUGGGUGUUUACGGCGAGCGAGAUCUAUGAGGUUGUGGUUGUAGACGAGGAGCGGGAUCUGUGGAGGAUAUUGCUGAAGGAGAGGGCGUUUGAGCGCGCGAUGAGGUAUGCGAAGACCCCUGCGCAGCGGGAUGCGGUGGCCGUGGGGCAGGGCGAGUAUUUGGUGAGGUGUGGACGGUAUGAGGAGGCGGCGGGCGUGUGGGGGGGGUGUAGUAAGAGCUUUGAGGAGGUGGCGUUGACGUUCCUUGAGCGGGGGGAGCAGGACGCGUUGAGGAGGUAUUUGUUGGUGAAGUUGGGGAGCUUGAAGAAGAGUGCCGUAAUGCAACGCAUCAUGACCGCCUCCUGGCUCGUCGAAGUCUUCAUGGCCAAGCUCAACACCCUCGAAGACAGCCUCUCCACGCUCGCCACGCACGCCACCUCCUCCAUCACCACCUCCGCCGACAUCACCGCCCAACUCGCCUCCGUCCGGUCCGAAUACCAAUCCUUCAUCACCGCGCACAAGGACUCCCUCGACCGCAAAACCACCUACGAGAUCAUCUCCUCCCACGGGCGCAAAGACGAGCUCCUCCACUACGCCAACACCAUCAGCGACUACAGCUACGUGCUCGCCUACUGGAUCCAGCGCGAGCAAUGGCACGAGGCCCUGUCCGUCCUCAAGAAACAGACGGACCCCGAGAUGUUCUACAAGUACGCCAGCGUCCUGCUGAGCAACGCGCCCACGGAGACCGUCGACAUCCUGAUGCGGCAGGGCAACCUGACGCCGCGCAACCUGAUCCCCGCGCUGCUCAACUACAACAAGUACACGCGCGCGCCGCUCAACGCCAACCAGGCCGUGCGCUACCUCCUCUUCGUCAUCCACCAGCACGGCUCCACCGACGCCGCCGUCCACAACACCCUCCUCAGCAUCUACGCCUCGCAUCCCAGCCGCGACGAAACACACCUCCUCUCAUACCUCGAGACGCACACGGCCUCGCCGCACUACGACGCAGACUUUGCCCUCCGCCUAUGUAUCCGCCACAACCACGUCCUGAGCUGCGUGCACCUCUACAGCUCCAUGGGGCUGUACCUGCAGGCCGUCGAGCUGGCGCUGAAGCACGGGAACCUCACCCUCGCAUCCAUCGUCGCCGACCGCCCCUCCACCGACACCGCGCUGCGAAAGCAGCUCUGGCUCGCCGUCGCCCGCGCCGUCAUCGCCUCCUCAAGCAGCAUCAAGGCCGCCAUCGACUUCCUGCGCCGCUGCGAGCUCCUCAAGAUCGAAGACCUGAUACCCUUCUUCCCGGACUUUGUCGUCAUCGACGACUUCAAGGACGAGAUCUGCGCCGCGCUCGAGGACCACAGCCACGCCAUCGACACGCUGAAGCGGGAGAUGGAGGAGUCCGCGCGGACCGCGGCGAAUAUACGGCGGGAUGUGGAGCUGCUGGAUCGGCGGUAUGCGAUUGUGGAGCCGGGCGAGCGGUGCUGGCUGUGCCAGAUGCCGCUGCUGGCGAGGCUGUUUUAUGUGUUUCCGUGCCAGCAUGCGUUCCAUAGCGACUGUUUGACGGGGGAGGUGCUGAGGGGCGUGGGGCCGGGGAAGGGGCGGAGGGUCAGGGAUGCGCAGGAGAGGAUGGAGAGGGGGAUGGUGGGGGGGAGGAUUAGGGAGAAGGCGGUGGAGGAGUUUGAUAGUCUUGUUGCGUCGGAGUGUGUCCUCUGCAGCGAGUUUGCGAUAAAGCGGAUAGACGAGGCCUUCGUGACGCCCCAAGACGACCUCUCAGAGUGGGCAGUCUAA